AUAUUAUUUAAAUUUAAAAUUUUGACUUAAUUCCUGUGCUUCAAUAGAAUCGAUAUAAAAUUUUAAUAUUUAAUAAAUUCUAUAAUUAAUUUUUAUUAAAUCAUUAAAUCAACACAAAAUUUUAUUAUACAAUAAAUUCUACAGUUAAUCCUUUGAUCAAUAAAUUAGGUCUCGUAACGUCGUUCUAAAGAAAAACUUAACCUUGCGCGGAGACUAUAACAAAAUAGACUCCAUAUUCCGAACACUCAAACAGAGAUGAAGAACGCAGAGUUAGUGUUCAUACCUUCUCCGGGAGUGGGCCACCUUUUAUCGACUGUGGAGAUCGCCAAACUCCUCCUUAAUCGAGAUCAUCGACUGUCCAUCACCGUCCUCAUCAUGAAACUUCCCAUUGACUCCGGCGUCGACGGCUACAUCAAUUCACUCUCUGCCACCGCCACGCCACGAUUACGCUUCGUGGACCUCCACCUCCCUCAAGGCGAUUCAGCUUCACAGCCACAGGACCCUUCCUCGAAGUCCAAGUCCCCCCUCACCUUCUUCGCAAACUUCAUCGACAGUCACAAGGCUCCUGUGAGAGACGUAGUCGCCGAACUCACUCGCUCCGACUCAUCGUCUCGACUCGCCGGGUUCAUCAUCGAUAUGUUCUGCACCGCCAUGAUCGAUGUGGCGAACGAGUUCGGGGUUCCAACCUACGCUUUUUUCACGUCGGGUGCCGCCUUUCUUGGCCUGCAGCUCCAUCUUCAAUCUCUCAGUGACGAUCACCACCAGGAUAUUACUGAGUUGAAGAACACGGAAACCGAGUUGAGAAUACCGAGUUUCAAAAACCCAGUUCCGGUCAGGGUUUUGCCUUCUGUGGUGGUUGAUAAAGAAGGUGGGUCCACUAUGUUGAUAACUCUCGCCAGAAGGCUGAGAGAAACAAAGGGCAUUAUGGUCAAUACAUUCAUGGAGUUGGAAUCGUAUGCGGUUGAGUACUUCUUGAACAGUGACAAUACCCCACCAAUCUUUUCGGUGGGGCCCAUUCUCAACCUCGGUGACGGUGGUGAUGAUAUUCGCACCGAGCAAUCAAGACCAAUCAUGGAGUGGUUGGACCACCAGCCUCCAUCAUCGGUUGUGUUCCUGUGCUUCGGCAGCAAGGGAUGCUUCGAAGAGGACCAGGUGAAGGAGAUAGCUCAAGCCCUCGAGAACAGUGGCCACCGGUUCUUGUGGUCGCUCCGGCGGCCUCCGCCGAAGGAGAAGAUGCAGUUUCCGAGCGACUAUGAAAACCCAGGCGAAGUCCUGCCGGAAGGGUUCCUAGAACGUACGUCCGAAGUCGGGAAAGUGAUCGGAUGGGCCCCACAAGUGGCGGUGCUAUCCCACCCGGCGACCGGAGGUUUCGUGUCUCACUGCGGGUGGAAUUCGACGCUGGAGAGCGUGUGGUGCGGCGUUCCCAUGGCGACUUGGCCACUGUACGCAGAGCAGCAGAUGAAUGCGUUCGAGAUGGUGACGGAGCUGGAAAUGGCGGUGGAGAUUAAGAUGGACUAUUUCAAGGGCUUCCAGGAUAAGAAGCCAGAAAUCUUGAGCGCUGAUCUAAUAGAGGGUGGAAUAAGGCGAUUGAUGAUGGGUGGUGAGAGUGAAAUUAGGAAGAAGGUUAAGGAGAUGAGAGAGAAAAGUGGGGUGGCCAUGGCGGAGGGUGGGUCAUCGUACAAUACAAUAGGAAGAUUGAUUGAGGAGGUCAUGAACAGCAUUGCCUGAGGCUCCGUUUGGUUAGCGAGAGAAUGGUGGAAAAAGGUGAAAAGAGAAAAAAAAAAAAAAAAAAAUCUGCCGUUUGUUUAGCAGAAAGGAAUUCCCGCAACAGCGGAUUUUCUUGUAUUCGGUAGUUUUUGAUUUCCCACAAAAUCUGCACGAAAUUUUUUUUUUCGUGAAACAGGUCACUGUUUACCAGUCUGCCCCUAUUUGUAGCACACCACAGCUCCUUUCGGCACUUAUCUUCUCAGUCAACUCUUGAACGAAGACUGCCUCUCGUAACUCAACUUCUCAGCCGACUGCUCAGCAAACUUUUUUUGUUUGGUACCCCACUCAACCAACUGAUAAGAAAGUGUUUCUUCCAUCUUCAAUUGCUCGAUGUACUAAAAUUGCUACGUAUUGUAAUUUUUUUCCUUUUUUCUCUGUUUUUUUUUUAUUGAUUGUUGGGUUAAAUGUUUUAUUUGAUUAUGAUUCAAGACAUGAGGUAGACCAGGUGUUUGAUAAAAUGUCUCAACUAACAUGUUUGUGUACAUGUGCAUAUUUCUG